CUAACACUUCAACUUUCAUAACGUCAACUAAACCUCCGCCCUCCCCUUAACCAUACUCUUUCAUACUGCGAACCCUAACUCUUCUUCAGGAGCGCGCUUUCUUGGCCUAGCCGCAUGACUACAUCGAUCUCCUUGCAGUGUCGCCGACUUCGAUGUAACCACGGGUUCUCCGGGGUGAUUCUCUCCAUUUGAUGAUUAUCGAAGAUUCGGAAGAGCUCAUGCCAAACACCCCAACCCACUGCCGAUAGUCCCAUCGGACCAACACCAUUGUUAGCGCUAGAGUCGCAUCCUCUCUGUGAAAUUCAGACGGUCCCCACUCAGACAAAGACAGUGGUUUGUUCCGAUACACCUUCAUCGCUGAAGUCAUCUUCUCAAUAGUUCAUCUCUUACGAGUUCUACUUAGAUGUGGCUUCUUUAGCGGCUCAGUUCACUUAUUCUGGGAAGUAUGGAUAUUUGUUGUGUGUCACUUUGAUUAAUUUCAAUGAUCACCAGUAACCAUUGAGCCUUAUACUGAAUGGGCAUAGAAGUUUCUGUAUCUGGUUUUUGCCACAAACAAGGAUUCUGGUCAGGAGAAUUAGAAGGAGGGGGUAUGAAAGAGUGGAGUCCCAUGACAGAGGAGCUAACAAUCUUCUGCUUUGCUGAAAGCUUUGUACACAUGAGACUUCUCUAUAAAGAUUUGAAGUUGGCCCUGUUUUUGAAGUCAUCUCUUUGACAUGCCUUGUCGGAAAGGGUAGUUCCCAAUGGAUCGUCAGGAGGAGACCCAAUGACAAAGAUUGUGCAAGAUGAGGCUUUUAUCUAUUUUUUUAAUAGUUCAUUUGAGGUUCACUUCCUCAAUAUACCGUCGGUGUUUACUACCAGCGUACACUUCAUCAAGUGCUUCGAUCAAGGUCAAACAUGCACCAAUUUAGCUGAUAUUUGGACAGCACCUCCGGGAAAUUUAAUUCUUCAAAACCAACUGUCAUAUUUGAUUUUUUUUUCUAGUUUGGGAGAUAUAGCUACUGUAGUGAGACCUUGUUUUAUGGUGAGUAACUCAGAAAGAUGUGAUAUCUUCGUAGUUUGGGAGUACAAGGAGUGAUGUAGAAAAUGUGAUAUCUACGCAGAAGAAAAAUGUGAAGGCACUAUAAAGUGUGGUGUAAAAGUUUAACUUGUUACCGUUUUGUUCUUUCUUACGAAGUAUUACUUAUUGUUGUUUCUGGGUAUGCUCCUAUGAAUUAUGUAGUAUGUACAUCCACAUUUAUGUGAGAAUUUGAGAUAUAAAUAAAAAUGUUUGAAAUUUUGGUUAUUA